AUGGCUUUGCAACAAUCACAACAAGUCUCGCCCGCCGAGUCUCUCCUCUCGGCACCAAGUGACAACUAUACAUCGCUCUUCGCUGAGUCGAGCACCCCGGAUCACAACCUUACCAUGGACCCCAUGGAGAUGAUGACGCCCCAAUCAUAUGCCUGCGAUAGAUCGGACAGGCUAUCACCCGUCGCCGAAGACGGGACUGAAAUCAAGACGGAAGAUCAAGAUACAAACGACAAGAGGCCUGCCAAGAAGCGCAAGUCCUGGGGCCAGGUUCUUCCCGAGCCCAAGACCAACUUGCCUCCCCGCAAGCGAGCCAAGACCGAUGACGAAAAGGAGCAGCGCCGCGUCGAGCGAGUUCUUCGUAAUCGCCGCGCCGCGCAGUCCUCCCGCGAGCGCAAAAGGCUCGAGGUCGAAGCCCUUGAGCAGCGUAAUCAGGAACUUGAGGCGCUCCUUAUCAACGCUCAAAAAGCCAACCUUAUUCUCGCCGAGGAGCUCGACCGAUUCCGCCGCGACUCUGGUGUUGUUACACGCACCUCAUCACCCUUGGACUCGCUUCGCGAUAACCAAAUUACUCUAUCUCCCGAGCUCUUUAGCUCGCAAGACGGUCACACCGCCGACGCCAAGUUGGCCAAUGGGCUUGUUGAUGAACUUCUCAUGACAGCCAACCCUACUGUUGACCCCGUUGCUCUCUCUCCCGAGCUCGGCCCAAAGAAGGAGGCUAGCAUCGAGUCCGCAACCACGGAACAGACUGAGACCACCUCUCCCGACCUGACACAAUAUCCUGCUGAGAUGUUGUCUGACCUGCAGUGUCACAUGUCGGCGGAGGAUGCUGCUCCUUUCAGCAUCAGCGAUGAUUUCGGCGUGUCAACGGCCGCUGACACAGAUCGCUAUCUCCUCGAAAGCGGGCUUUUCGCUUCUCCCAACUCCUCAACUUUUGACGACGAUUAUAUGGUUGGUGACUCUUCCUCCAGCUUCGCGGAUCAACCACUCGAGCUCUUCGACAUCAACGACUUUCUCAGCGACGAGGCAAAGCACGUCGCCUCUGACAUUAUGGCAGCGAGCGACUAUGCCGCUGCGGACCACGGCCUCGACUUCAAGGUCCACGACCCUGAGACUCAAAUCUCUACGUAA